CUGGUUUUAAAUCCUAAACAUCAUAGAAUUCCUCUGAAAAUGUUACUCGUGGAAUACAAAGAGGAUUCUACAACUGCUUGUCAACUCCCAACCCUAAACCCCUUCCAUCCUAGCGUCACUCAAUUUAUGAAAGAUCUUGGCAAACUACGCUGCACAGGAGAAACGUAUUCAAGCUUCCAAAAUAAUGUGCUGCAAGUGAAAGGCAAAGGAAUCGUUUCAGCGCAGUACAGCAAGAUAGAGAGGAUGCCUGGUAAUGAUUUUGACGUUGUUCUUUCUAACCCAGUGAGUGUUCAAAACACACAGAAAGGUGAGUCAUUUUCCGGUGAUUUUGGUUGAGUCACCUUGAUCGAAACCUUAUCAAUCAUAAAUUUUGAGCUGCCGAUGGUCGAAUUAAUCUAACUUCGGUUAGAAGUUACUAUGAUUAUAAAACAGUUUCCCGCGUUUCCCAUUAAAAGAAAAAAAAAAAGAAAAAAGACAAUGAAAAUUCUCUUGAUCUAAGUUGUCGCAAGUCUACGUAUAAAUCUCCUCAUUCUUGAAUAGCCUAACUGAUGGAUUUUUUGUCAAAUGCAAGUUCCCUGUUACAAUCGGUUUCAGUAAUCAAUAAUGGGGAAGGAAUUUGUUUCGUAAAUUAAAGAUCUCUAGGAGUUGUAAAUUGGCAAAUAAACGCUAAUUCAAAGUAGAACUAAGAUUGUGUUUAAGGGUGAAGACCUCGUCUCAAGUCUGACUACAUAUUUGAUAACGGAAAAAUAGACAUGAACAAAACCGAACCAAAAAAGAAAUGAAGAAAAUGCCUGCUGCUUUCAUUUGGCUUAGAUUAAGGCCACACAAUCAUUAAAAUGUAUCCACAACAACAGCAGUUUGCAGCCAGAAUGCUACUUUGGCGAGCUAAAUUUAAGUUGCUAAUGGUGAUAUAUUCUCACCCAGAGAAAAAACGACAGAAUCAGUGAUUACCUAAGAAGCAGAUUCAAGUCACGUUAGUUUAUAAGACAGAUAAAAGUGCUUUGCACCCGUCAGACAGACUGAAAAUACAGGAUCGUUUAGUACGACCGUAUCCGGGCUGUAAAUUAAAGGACAGAUUCUGGGUCCUUGAUGACAUGGAUGCCAUAAUGCAUUUAUCAUCGUUAAUUUCUUUGUUCAUUUUUUAGUUAUAGUUACUCAAUUCAUUCAAUUCUCAUAGUAGUUGAAAGCUCCGAUCAAAUAUUUAAUCCUGAAAACGACAUGAUGUUAUGAGCUGACGUUAUGAGAUCUUAGAUAGUAGAUAAAGCCUUGGUCGGAAUUUUCAAUAGUCGGCUGAAAAUUAGUUCUUUGUCGAUAACUUGUUAGUUGACAACACAAAAAGUAACUGAUCACACUCUGUUGGACGAGCCGUCUUAGCCACAUAAAAGAAAAAUAUUGAAAAAAGUAAAAAGCUGGCCAUGACAAAAAAAGUUUUCCUUCUGCUUAAGUUGUCGCGUUGUCAGUCUGCUUCAGACGAAUAGAACGUCUGUAGAUCGUCUCCGGGACAAAAGUCGAUACACAUGCGACGAACUACACUAUAAUAAAUUAAACAUUUGUACGAUAAUGUAUAUUUAGCCUCGUUCGGGAGAAACUCCCGCAGGCCGGCUUUUUGGUCUGAUUCAGUUGAUUGGUUGUUCGACGUCUGACCCAACAAACGAUUUUAACUUAAUUUAGGUAGACCCAUAUUACUGAGUUUGGUUCGUCUCAUGAAAAGUUCGACGUUUGGCCAAGGUCGAAGUCAGCAACACAAUAGCAAAAGUGACAUAUUGUGAAAGAUUAUUUAGAAGCCGAUGAUAUCUUUAUUGAUAGCUGGUGAUAAAAUUUAGGUUUGGAUUGAAUCGGACUUUUGGAAGCCGAUAAGUAGCUUUUAUAUGUUACUCAAUUUUUAAUAGCCAUUUUAGCUGUCAGCUAUAGUGAUAAAUCCGAAAAUAUGAAAAAAUAUGAUUGUAUUGUGUCAACUUAUUUUUUGGUAAAAAUGUCUCCGAACAGUGCGUCUCUUUAGAGCCUUUCCGAGAAGAUAUCGAUACACUAAAUAAGGUUUGUGUAUGUUAUGUAUGUCCACCGCUACACAACCUACUUUCAGUAUGUUUAUCUUCCAUUCCUACCAGUUGUUAAAAACAUUUCACUUCUGCAUCUAGGCGUUUUCUUUGGGAAUGCUUCAGUUGACGAGGACUUCAUCCGAGUGGAAGUUGUAACCUCUUCGGGCGAGACGAAAAGUGACGUACACAUGCACGUGUUUCCAAAAAAGGAAGUCCUCGAAAGAAAACAGAAACAGGGCGGGAUUCCUUUGAAUGUUGCUCUAAUUAUGUUUGACUCCACAUCAGCAGCCAAUUUUAAAAGAAAGAUGCCGAAAAGUUUGGAGUAUUUGACCACAUCAUUGGACUCUAUUCUGAUGCAAGGUAAGUGUGCGUGUAUGUCUUUACCUUGAUUUUACGGAAUGAUUGUUAAAUAUUCGUUGCUGUAAUAGAUCUUUUACUUGUAUGUUUCGUUUUCCCAUUUCAAACCACGUGAUGUUACCCCCAUGUUACCCAAAAGAACGGUUUCUUUUUAAUGUCUUCCUACCGGGCAUGUUGGCCUAAUUUAUCCUGAUCAUUGUCUGAACUGGGAAAACUAAAAAUAUAAUACAGUAAGGACCCGCAGAUAAGAACACAUGAUAUCAGGGUUCAGGCUGAUCUAGUUCUUUUUUAUCGGGUGCUUAGUGAGAAAUCAGCCUAACGAUGUUCUUAAUAUGUUCUUAAACUUUGUUUCAGAAAUACUGCACAAACAUAUUACUAGAGGAUUAGUUAGCAUACUUUAUUGUAAAUAAAUAUCAGUAAAUCAAUAAAUAAAAUAAAAAUCUGUCAGGUAGUAAAUGUAACAUUAGUCUCAACAUUUUAAAAAUAUUUCUUACAAUCAUGCUAACUAAACCGGGGCCACCAUUGACUUGUCAGCCAAUCAAAUUUGCUUUCAUCAGUAAAGACUCCAACGGCUAUGCAACCAGAUAGUUUAUUACAUGCAUUUGACAUUUAUAUCCUUCAACCAGCUGCAGCAUAACAUGAUCCUCUGGAGAAUGAAAUCCUUAAGACACCCAGGGAACUGUUAUAGUUUUGUAACAGUCUAGCAGCAACCAUAGUUACAUUGUUUUCUUAAUCCGACAUCCUCUCCCUUAUUAUAGCGGAUCUCUCUCGCGCGCGCAACGGAACACCAUUGGUAAGAAAAUUGGGUAACCAAUGCAUCCGAAAAAAUUUUGUCAGUCACGUGACCGUACGCCAGCCCACUCGACCGCACCACAGGCAUGCCAAUGUAAAAUAACUCAAUCAGCAUACAGGUAUGGCAACUUGAGGUUAUUUUGGCGGGAAAUCGCAUAGCCACCCGCGCCUUGUGAAGCAGAGACAACUUAAGAGUCAAUAAAGACGAAAACAGAGAGCGGAAAUUGUUUUUGUAUCCGUGCUGUCUAAAGUAUAAAGCUUAGAUUAAUUGUCAUGUCCACAAAUUUGGAACACAGAGAAAGAGCGAGACAGAGAGAAAGAGAAAGUCAGCGAAGCUCAACGAGAAAAACAGCGACAGACAGCUGAGCGAGAGAUAAAAGAGAAAGGAGACACUUUUUUUUGCGAGAACAACAUGAAAAUGUUGUAGCGGCGGUGGCAAAGAAAUUCUAGCGGUCACCAAGGUGAAAAUGAGGGGCAGUGAAAAAAAAAUGAACAAGAACACGUACGACAUUUCCUCCAUAAAACGUAACCAGGAAGUUUCUGAAAGUUUCACGUUGUAUUCGUGCAAAACAACGGCAAAGAAAUGUACAAAAAAAGUGUGCUGCACGUGCAAAGUUGCUCUUUUGCUAAUUAGACCUGUUGUUGCUUUUUCACCGUUCUCGUUUCCUUCGCCGCUUAAAGGUGAUGUUACACACGACGAUUCACACCGCUGCAAUGUUGGAACAAUGUUGUAACCAUUCGAAACAAUGUUACUACAAUGUUGCAACGCUGUGUUGCGCUAAAAAUCGCCAUUGCGAAUCAUUUCGUGUAACAUCACCUUUAGCAUUACACGAUUAUAUAUUUUGCUUGAGCAAACUAUAAAUAUUAUCGAGAGCUUCGCUUUUAGCCCUGGCUAAAUCUACAUAUUAUAAGAACAUGUUUUUAUCAGGCUGAACCGUUUCUUAUAUAUACAUGGUGCUCUAUGGGCCAAAUUUCAGCCUGGUGUUCUUAAUCCAUUAGUUCCUAUAUGCGGGUGUUUACUGUAUUGUUUGUGUAUGAACAGGGGAGACUAUCGUGGGAGAUGGUACCACUGCACAACUGUCUGCAAUGCUUACUGGGAUAGAAGAAGCUCGCCAGCCGGAAGCUCGUAGGAGAAUACGUUCGUCCCAUACAGUUGACAACUGGCGCUGGAUUUUUAAGGACUUUAAAUAUCACGGAUAUGCUACGAUGUUUUCGGAGGAUUCCCCUCUAUUUGCAUCCUUCAAUUAUCGCUUGCACGGGUUCAAAGAGCCACCUACAGACCAUUACGCAAGACCAUUCUGGUUGGAAGCCUAUAAAUUGAUAAACUGGAACUACAGGUAUUGUAUACAAAGCCGGGCGUCACACAACGUGUCUUUGGAAUAUUUACUCAGUUAUUUUCGCAUGUACAGGACGACACCAAAGUUUGCUUUCUCGUCCCACGCUGAUAUUUCACACGGCAACCCCAACACUAUUGGUUUUGUUGAUGAUGAUUUCAAGGUUUUCCUGCAAACCUUUGAAAAGGAAUCAUUUCGUAACAGCACUUUGCUGAUUGUUUUUGCUGAUCAUGGAGCACGGUACUCGGGUUUGAGAAAAACUAUUCAAGGAAAACUGGAGGAAAGGCUCCCAUUCCUGUCCAUAACAUUACCUAAAUGGUUUCCUAGCAAGUAUCCUGACCUCUACGCCAACCUCGUCAACAACUCCCGCGUUUUGACGUCACCGUUUGACGUUUAUGCAACUUUGCGUCAUAUCCUGUCAUACCCGAGUUAUCCGAACAGCAUUGUAAUUGGUCAAAGCUUAUUUAACCGGAUUGACAAACAAAAUCGCACAUGUGCAAGUGCAGGUGUCGAGGAUCAUUGGUGUCCUUGCCUCGAUCUGGAGGAAGUGUCAACUUCUGAGGAAAUAGUUAACAAAACAGCGUCGUUUGUGGUGCAUUAUAUUAAUAAUUCGACGUCCCAAAGUGAUGAGCUGUCACAGUUGUGUCAGCGGUUGACUCUUAAAGAAAUCAAGAGCGCGUUUCGUGAGAUGCCGAAAGAAGCUAUGCAAAGAUUUCAACAUACACAAAAUGCCGCAGACGAUACGUGCGACGGUUGCGUAGCGGUGUCGGGCGACAAAGCUGAAAAUACGCUUGUGAAAGACACGCUGUAUCAGAUUCAGUUGGUGACGUCUCCUAAUAAGGGUUUUUAUGAGGCUUCCGUUAGAUGGAACAAAGGUUCUCCUCUGCUUCUUGGAGAAAUUAGCCGUAUUGACGCGUAUAAAGACCAGCCACAUUGUAUCGAAAAACAUUUCCCACACCUCAGAAAAUACUGUUACUGCAAUAAGCAAAGUCAUUGA